AGUUGUGUGUUGCGCGCACCAGAUUUUUGCUAUUGCACUGUGAAUAUGGAAGAAAAUAUCAUUCAUUAUUGGCAUAUAUUGUUGUAUUAUUUUAAAAAAGGUAAGCAAGCUGCAGAAGCUCAUUGAAAACUUUGCAGUGUUUAUGGGAACCGAACGCACCUGUCAAAAUUUGUUUGCCAAAUUUCUUUCAGGAAAUUUUUACAUCAAUGAUGUUCAACGGUCUGGCUGCUAACUUGAAAUUGAAACUAGUAAUUUUAAGGUCAUUUUUGAUCGAAAUUCCAUCCAAUCCUGGCGAGAGAUUGUUAUGGCCCUAAAUGCGUCGCACAAUAGCUUAGAAAACCAUUUGUACAAGUUCUAGGGUUAAUGUUUAGAUCCCCCGAUGAUUUUUUUUCUCGAAAAUACAAAAAAUGUUAUAACUUCAAUACAACUUUAGCUAUCUACAAGACGUUUAGCAAGAAUUUAGAGCCCACAUAAACUACACAAAAUGACAUCAACAGGGCUUUCACAAACAAACUACAAAUGGAGAUAAAAAAUAAAAACCUAUAAGGAGUUUUUGUUUAUUUAUUCCUUAUGUAGGAAUUAAAUCAAAAAACCAUUCAUACGGCUUUGAAGAGCAAUAAUUCAGCUUUCCAACGGAUAUAGUAACAUCAAAUUUUAAGAACAUCCUGAAGAGUUGUAAAUGAUCAAACGGGUGUUGUAUUCCACCAAGACACAUCAUUGAUCACUAGCAAUAAAUUAUUGAGCCUUGAAUUGGGACCUUUUGCCCCAACCUCCCUAUUCAUCAGACCUAGCUCCAAGUGACUACCUCUGCUGAAAAGAAAUUCCAAAAGGAAGAGAACAUCAAAAAUCUCUUACUAGCAUUAUGCAGUUAAUGGAAAGAUGGGGAAAAGUCAUAUUAAAAAUGGUCAAUAUAAUGUAGAUUAAAAUGACUUUUAUGUAUAUAAAACAUUGAGUUUUAUUUCAUCCUGAAAAACCGAAAGGGCUUAUUUGACAACCCAAUACAAUACAUAGCCCUAUUCGCUAGUUAGAACAUGUCUAUAAUUUAUUAAUACAUGUGAAUUAAAUAAUUUAUGAACAAACUAAGUCAUGUCAAGUAGACUUCCCCCAAAUAUCCAAAAAUAAAAAGAGUUUGGCACACGUCUUGUUAAAUUUAAUGCCUAAACCUUUUCAAGUGAUCUUAUCCGCUCUCACCUGAAUCAACAAAUCGGCACUUCUUCAACUAAUUGAGUUUGAUAAAUCGAAAUAAUUAAUUGAAAAAGUCAAAUUUAUAUGAUUAUAUUAAUAUACAUCGAUAAUUUCGUUACUUAGAAAUGUGAUAGGAGGAGAGGUUUAGAUAAGAACAUGUAUAAAAUGAAGAAACGUUCUUGGAAUGAGCAUUCACCUCAAAAUGAAAGUUGUCUUGGCUUUAUUCCUCCUCGUGGCUGCCUCGUCAGCUGCAGAAAUAUACGAGGUAAGACUUCUAGGUAACCACCUGGAAGAUCUUAUUACUGGAGCUCUUGAAUAUGUCCGCUUCUUGAUGAAGAAACAUGACCCUUACACCUUACCGAGCAUGCCAGAUCAACAUCUUGUUGACACCGAUAUUGACUUAGUAUUCUCGGCAAGUAACGUUGAGGUAUCCAAAUCGACUGAUUUCAAAAUCGAUUCUAUCAAGGCUGACACUCUUUCAUUGAAAUCCAGCUUCCAGGUAAGCAUCCCUAUAAACCAUCAAGAAGGAAACUACAAGGUCACUGGAACUGCCUGGGGUAAGAAAGUCGAAGGCUCUGGAACUUUCUCGCUCGACGUCUCCAAUUUCGUUCAGUCCGGCAAUCUCCAACUUGGUAUUGUGGACCACUCUAUCCAAGUCAAGGACCUAGUCUUGGACUUCAGCAUUGGAAGCUAUAAGAUAAAUGUUGAGGGACUCAACAUCGAAGGACUGACCAAAGACCAAGUCAACGAAUUGCUCAACAAGCAGUUCAUGAAAUACAUCACCGACAACAAGCAGUUCGUCGAGCAGCACACCGCUGAGCACGUCAAGAACAUCUCCAACAAGCUCCUGGCUGGGCACACUUUGGCCGAUGUCAUCUCCUGGUUGGAGAAGUUGGUUGCUUCAACUCCAGACCCACCACCAUUUACCUUUGCCCCAUAAUUUUUUUUUAAAAUAAUUUAUUUUUCAAUUAGUGAAUAAAACAUUUAUAACUGAUUAUCAAACUGUAUUUUUCCUCAUUUUCUGUAGUGUUCCUCUCUCCUCCUAAAUAUACAGUAUAGUACUUGUUGGGGCAAAUAGUUUUUGGCGAUUGAAAUAUUAUUCUAUUCCAAGAAAAUUCUGAAUCC